ACUCGCGGACUCGAGAGUCAGCAGCGCACCCGCUGCUGGAAUAGUGCUCGUGCGCGCGCUGUCCUCUGUUGCGGCCGACGCGAAUUUACUACAAGAUCUCGGGCAGGGGCGAGCGAAGGGCUCGUAGGUGGAGUUGCGCUGCUGCUGCCAGGACAGGCACGGCUCUUCUUAGGUUCCGGAAUCCUCGAGCGAGUCGGCCCUGCGCACUCGGGCAUUGCUCUGUACGAAUCCUUCCCCCUCCCCCUCGAUCGAUUAUUCGUUCGCCUUCCAUCCCUCCUCCCUUCCCUCCCCUUGACUCGCUCGUUCUCGUUUCUUGAUGACGAUGGUGGUGGUGGUGGAAACUCCGCUGGACGACAUCAGCCCCAGGGGAUAAGAGAUAAAGAGAUCACUCGAUCACUCGAUCACUGAUGUGACGAGCCGUCCCAAUUCCCCACCUGAACCGCGUUCGUCGAGACUCCGGUGCGUGAAGAAGGCGUAGCAGCUCGAGAGGCCGACAGGAAGGCAAGAGUUCAAGCUGUCACUGAUGCACAGUGGACGGAGGGAGGGAAUUGCCACUCGAGGAUUGGGAAUUGCCAAAUUCGGAGGGGCCGUGCAGGUUGAUUCUUGUCGACCAGUGGGGUCCGUCUGGACUGGACAGUGAGCGCGACCGGUGUGUUGAGACAGCGAUUGAUCGCAGAAGACUUCGGGCGGAGGAUUUCGAAGCUGUGCCGUUAGGUGAGGCAUUUCUCCUCGAGGCCAGUCCCGGGAAAGUCACGUGGUCGGUCUGCAGGGGGACGAGUGGAAGUCCGAGAUACAGGAACUGAGAUUGCGACUGAAGUGAGAGAGAUUUCGGCCAGCGAUUGUGAGAAUAUGAAUGCUUUUAGGGCGUGCGAGUCUGUGAUAUGUAGAAGCAGGGCCGGUGGAUUUUGAGCGGCUGGCUGCAGGGGCAAUUUGUGUGCGCAGCGGGUCCCUUCGCGAAUAGGGACCUGCAUUGCCAAGCUUUGCCGGCUCCCAGGUGACGAGCGCAUGAGAUUGCCAUUGGGCGUUGGUGGAGGCGUCUGAUAUGCUGGCCUCAAUGAGUCGCUGACCGUCACUGGGAUCGGUCAACAUCGGUACGAAGUAGCAGACGCUUGUAUCGUCAUCAUGGCGUCCUCUUCAGUGUGGAAUUACUGCACUGGUCCUGCCAGGCUUCCUGAGGAAACAUGGGGAGCACACGUGUUGUCGAUUUUGUAUUUUCUCCUCACAGAACCAUGUGCCCAGCGAAUCGCCACGUUUCUUGUAAACAGCAUUUUCGUGAUAAUCAUAGGGAUUUUCGCUGGUUACAAGCUCUGGUCGGUUAGACUUCACAAAAAGUCGAGGGGAGUCUCGAAUGGUAACACCCCUGCGACUGUCUUGAAGGUGACGAGAGUCGGCAAGAGCUUCACACUCACCGUCGUUCUCACAGGCGUUUCCUGCUUUGUAUACCUCCUCGCAGCUGCAUGGCGUUUUUGGGUUGUUUUUGUCAGUAACUGGGAAGAUACCACCAUUCUAGAACUGACAUUUGCCUGCAUUCAAUUCAUGAGUUGGCUCAUCUUUGCUACCGUCGUUGCUCAUGAAAAACUCUUCUGUGCCAGACAUCACCCACCGAGUCUUCGAGCUUGGUGGGUGGCGUUGUUUAUCCUGUCCAUCUGGCCGCUUGCAUCUGCACUUGUGCAGUUUGCCCGGGAUUCCCCCUACGAUCCUGCUUCGUUGGACGACAUUCUCGCCCUAGUUAUAUUCCCGGUCACCUCGUUUUUGAUGGUGAUUAGUAUCAAGGGACGGACUGGUCUCGUGGUGGAAGAAGUUGUUCCAGACCUCAUCGAGCCUCUUUUGGAUCCUGACGCAAUAGACCAAAAUCCCGCGCUCGUCACAGAUUACGCCGAGGCAAGUUUGUUCAACAGAGCAGGAUGGUUUUGGAUGAAUCCUCUGCUCAAAACGGGAGCAGAGAAGGCUUUACAACUCGGUGACAUUCCUUAUGUGGCUCCAGAAGACAGAGCUGAGAAAAUGUACGACCGCUUCAUUGCAAACUGGCCCAAGGAAGCGACGCAGCAUCCUGUACGGUUGACUCUGCUCAAGAGUUUCUGGCCGCAGCUGCUGUUCGUGGGAAGUCUGGCAUUUACGAGGCUGUGCGUCAUGUAUAUCGGUCCCCUACUCAUUCAGAGAUUUGUGGAUUUCGCUUCUGGAGCCGGCAGCUCUCCCUACGAAGGCUACUAUUUGACUGCUGUACUCUUGGUCGCCACGGUCGUUCAAGUGAUGUCUGCUCAUCACUACAACUUCCAAGCGAACAAGUUGGGAAUGCAAGUCCGUGCCAGUCUCAUCACUGCCCUCUACCAGAAGGGCUUGCGUCUUUCGAGUUCUGCGAGACAAGAGCAUGGACUGGGGCAGAUUGUCCAGUAUAUGUCAGUAGAUGUCCAGCAGCUUGGUGACGUUGUCAUACAGUUGCACAACAUGUGGAUGCUGCCCAUGCAGAUUAUCGUGGCCCUGACGAUAUUGUUCUCGGUCGUGGGGAUAGCCACGAUUGCGGGUCUCACUACAAUGGUGCUCCUGGUCGUUGUCACGAUGGCUACCUCGGGUUAUCAAAGAUUUUAUCUGGCUUCCAUCGCCAGAAUGAGAGACAGCAGAAUGAAGGCUCUCACCGAGGUUCUGAACAACAUGAAAAUUAUCAAGCUUCAAUCAUGGGAGGAACAUUUUCGAAAGCGCGUGGAGAGCUUCCGAGAGUCGGAGUAUGGUUGGGCAGUUAAAUACUGGGUCUCUCUUUCGUACAACAUUGCCCUUCUGUGGAUGUCACCGUCGGUGGUCUCUGUGGUCACUUUCGGGCUGUGCGUGAUUUUGGGCAUCGAACUUACACCUGGUCGCGUAUUUACAGCUACUGCAACAUUCCGAAUUCUGAUGGAACCUGUCCGUCUAUUUCCCCAAGCUCUCAUUGCUAUAUCUCAAGCCAUGGUCUCGCUCGAUCGACUGGACAAAUUUAUGGUCAGUAAGGAGUUGGAUACAACUAUCGUUGAAAGACUUCCACCUGGUGAGGAAAUUGCCGUCAGUGUGGAAGGAGGGAGCUUCACCUGGGAUGAUGAUAGCCUGAAGCCAGCGCUCAUGGACAUCAACGUCAAAGCUGCCCGGGGUUCUUUAGUUACAAUUGUUGGCAUGGUUGGAUCUGGAAAGUCUUCUUUGCUAUCAUCAAUACUUGGGGAAAUGCCCAAGCUCUCUGGUUCGGUGAAAAUAAGCGGAAGCUCAGCGUAUGUUGCUCAGACUUCAUGGAUUCAAGGUGGAACGAUCGAGGAGAACAUUCUUUUUGGACUUCCCAUGGAUCGAUCAUGGUACGAGGAGACCAUUCGUGUCUGCUCAUUGGAAACUGAUUUGCGUCUCAUGGAUAAUGGCGAUCAAACCGAGAUUGGCGAUCGAGGCGUCAAUCUCAGCGGAGGGCAGAAACAGAGAAUUCAGCUGGCUCGUGCUGUCUACCAGAAUUGUGACGUCUACCUGCUCGACGACAUAUUCAGUGCAGUGGAUGCACACACGAGUUCAGCACUAUUUAAGCAAUGUAUCCGUGGAGUACUGAGAUCGAAGACUGUAUUGUUGGUCACACACCAGGUUGAGUUCCUGCAUGGAGCAGAUCAAAUUCUUGUCAUGCGCGAUGGUAAGAUCGUACAAUCAGGGAAGUAUGAUGAUUUACUCCGAGAAGGAGCUGAUUUUGAAGCCCUGGUCAAUGCUCAUGACGAAGCAUUGCAAAAAGUAUCAAGUAGCCAGAACGAGGAGGCCUCUGACGGUAUCACGUCGGAAGGAAGCUCUCACUCCCCUCUGAAAUAUAUCCAAAAGCAAUCAUCCAUGCCCAAAGGUGUCUCAGAGAUACAGAAAGUGAAGAGCGAGACCAAGAAAGAUGUCGUCAAACUUGUGGAGGAAGAGCAGAGAGGUGUUGGACGUGUGGCAUGGGUAUACUACAAAAUGUAUGGAACGAAAGCCUCCGGAUGGUCACCUGUGAUUGGCUUACUCCUCCUUCAGACCAUGUGGCAGGGUAUGCUUGUAUGUGGUGAUUAUUGGCUGGCAUUGGAAACAUCCGACAAUCACCGAUCUCAGUUCCGCGGCGGUAUCUUUAUGGCAGUUUACGCCUCGUUUGCUUUUGGAAGUUGGAUCGCGGUUUGUGGUCGCACAGCGUUGGGCACUUCAUUGGGUCUAAAAACUGCGCAAUUAUUCUUCUUGACCAUGUUACGCAGCAUUUUCCGAGCUCCAAUGGCCUUCUUCGACACUACACCAACGGGAAGGAUCAUCAGCAGGUCCAUACAAGAUCAAUCAACGAUGGAUAUCACCCUCGCCUUCCAGUUUGGAGCCUUCCUUGGAGUUUUAUUUUCCACUUUCGGUAUUCUUUUUGUGAUGAUCCAAGUGACCCCGCCGAUAUUCUUCAUCAUAGCGGCUCUAAGUUACACUUUCUUCGUGUACCAGGCUUACUUCAUCCCCUCAUCAAGGGAGCUGACACGGAUGGACGCCAUUACGAAAGCACCGAUCAUCGAUCACUUCUCAGGAACAGUUGCUGGAUGCACGACCAUUCGCUGCUUUGAGAAACAGGACCAGUUUUCGACUCUGAAUGUAGAAAGAGUGAACAGCAACAUUCGGAUGGACUUCCACAACAACGCAGCCAAUGAAUGGCUUGGGUUGCGGCUGGAAAUGAUUGGUAGUAUCAUUUUGUGUUUCUCCGCUCUGCUCCUUGUGACUCUUCCGAGGAGCAUGGUCAAUCCUGAUCUUGUUGGGCUCUCUCUGUCAUAUGGCUUCGCUCUCAAUUUGAGCCUCUACUGGCUUGUUUUGACGGUUUGUCAAAUCGAGAACAAAAUGGUUGCGGUCGAACGUAUAAGCCAGUACUCUGACCUACCAAGCGAGGCGCCACUGGUUAUCGAAGGCAGCCAGCCACCUCCAUCCUGGCCCCAAGAGGGAACCAUCAUGUUGCAGGACCUAAAGCUUCGAUACCGGCCCAACACUCCGCUUGUACUCAAAGGCUUGAGCUUGACAAUUCGUGGCGGAGAGAGAGUCGGUGUGGUGGGAAGAACGGGUAGUGGAAAGUCAACUCUGCUUCAAGCUCUGUUUAGAUUAGUCGAGCCAGCAUCUGGACGAAUAAUUGUUGAUGGAAUAGAUAUAGGAACGCUGGGUCUCAGUGAUCUUCGGUCGAAAUUGGCCAUCAUUCCACAAGAGCCAACUCUGUUUGAGGGCACCGUUCGAACCAACAUCGAUCCUUUGGGAGUCUACUCCGACAAGGAAAUCUGGGAUACUCUGGAAAAGUGCCAGUUGAGAACGAUCGUGGAGGAUAAGCCUGGGAAGUUGGACUUCAAAGUGGUGGAUGAUGGAGACAACUGGAGCGUGGGCCAGAAACAACUAUUCUGCCUAGGCAGAGCGAUUUUGAAGCGAAGUCGCAUUCUGUUCCUUGAUGAAGCCACUGCGUCUGUGGACUCACAAACAGAUGCUAUGAUUCAGAAAGCCGUCCGAGUGGAAUUCGCAUCAAGCACGGUCAUCAGCAUUGCUCAUCGGAUUCUCAGUGUUUUGGAUAGUGACAAAGUACUUGUUUUAGAUGCUGGGCUCGUGCAGGAGUAUGACAGUCCGACGAAAUUGAAAUCGCGGCAGGGUGGAUUAUUCGCAUCUCUUCUGCGGGAGUACUCUGCCCGUGCUCAGAUCGACGAGUAGUAUUAUGUCCAGUAUGAUGCAAAACAUCUGACGUAGGAGAUCGAAGAUCACUUCGCUAUUCCAUCUCACAUUAGAAGAAGCGUAGGACUGCUUGUUGAUCUCAGAGCCAGGAGCUAACAAGUGGUAACCAACCCAAAACUGCGUAUCUACUAUCAGCCUCUCAACGUAUAUAAUCUGUGCCGGUGCUUGCUGCAGCGAAACGCGUGGACCGACCCGUUCUGCCCAUGUGCCCCGUAGAGAAGUUGACAUAUCCAGAUUAGAUCCAGAAUCGAGCACCUGUACAUUUUUUCACACGCGAACAUCCUAGUUGAGCUUCCGGUACAGUUUGAUAAAUGAGAGACGCCAAUGUUAUGGCUCCAGAACGAGCGCUGUGGAGUCUCGAGCUGUACGUAGUUAUCCCUUCUAAAUCCUCCAGCCAGGCCUUGGAUUUUGUAAAGUACUCUCAUUUUGUAGCAAGACGUAGACGGGCCUCGAGGACGGACAGAAGUGGUAGGACAUCAUGCAUUGCAUGUAAUUCUUCAGUGUAGUGGUUCUUCUAUCCUCACCCACGAAUCAGAAAUACUCUUAUGUACUACUCGAACGGGAUAACUUGAAGGAGCUGUUGGAGGGACAACCCUUUGGGUAGUACUCGCAGCUGAGUUGUAGUUUCUUUGCAGCGCUGCACUGGAGCGUGUCUAGUGAGCUAUAUAAUCGCUUGGACUUCAGGAUUGAAAAAGUCUCCUCACCUACUAUCAUCAAGAAUAAGGUCCUGCCGGUUGUAGAAGCGCCAGUACGAACACAUAGCUGGGAGGCAAUGUCUCUGCCCAAAUUUGUUAGUGAAACUCUUCGUCUCUGUAAUUUUGUAAUUUGUCUUCCAUCGGAAGACCCAAUCAUACACAAGCAGCUAUUCAUCGUC